GUAUUAUUCUCUCUACCUUGACGGACUUGGUCUCACUUAGCUUCUCGUAAGUAGCAAGUUGCCGCUGAUCGCUGGUGCCAACGCCCGGCGAAAGAGACAGCUAACGUCAGCUAGCGGAGGAACAUUGCUCACUGCGGAAUCAAAAAGCACAGACAUGCAGACUAUCAAAUGUGUGGUGGUGGGUGAUGGAGCGGUGGGAAAAACCUGCCUUUUGAUUUCAUACACCACAAACAAGUUCCCCUCUGAAUAUGUACCAACAGUUUUUGACAACUAUGCAGUAACUGUAAUGAUCGGGGGUGAACCAUACACCCUUGGCUUAUUUGAUACAGCAGGUCAGGAGGAUUACGACAGGUUACGACCACUAAGCUACCCACAGACGGAUGUCUUCUUAGUCUGUUUCUCAUCUGUUUCACCUUCUUCGUUUGAGAAUGUUAAAGAAAAGUGGGUUCCUGAAAUAACUCACCACUGUCCCAAGACCCCGUUCCUGUUGGUAGGCACCCAGAUCGACCUGCGCGAUGACCCCUCUACAGUGGAGAAGCUAGCCAAGAACAAACAGAAGCCAAUCACCCCGGAGACCGCAGAAAAGUUGGCUCGUGACCUUAAGGCAGUCAAAUAUGUCGAGUGCUCAGCCCUAACGCAGAAAGGAUUAAAGAAUGUGUUUGAUGAGGCAAUACUGGCUGCCCUGGAGCCCCCUGAACCUAAGAAAAGGCGUAAAUGUGUUCUGCUCUAAGUUUUCGUCGCAGCCUCCUCCACACCAGUUUCCAAAUCUAGGUUAACAGUACUGAAGAGGUUUGUUGCACAAGCACAUUCCAACAUGAGUGACGAUAUUAUGAAAUGUUUGCCUUCUGACUGACUUAGCCUAACCUGAAUACAUAUUCAAUGUGUUGAAUGUGCUUUUUGAGUAACAUCUGAUGCUGUCUGUUAUGAUUUGAUUGCCAAUGAAAUGGUCUUACGUGAUGGGAACACUGAAUACUUAAGAUACAUCAAACUGUUGGUGAUAAUAAUUAAAAUGCUGUUUGAGUUUGACCACAUAUUUAGAGUUAAGUGUGAUUCCAAAAGAAAAAACUGAAAUGUUUUGUUUUUUUAAUAGAACUGUUUUAUUGACGGCCCUGUAAAAUGCAAAUAAGCUGAGAAUGUUGGUUUAGUGAGCUGCUCCAAUUAUGUAUUAGUAUGUGCUACAUCGAUUCUAUAUUUACUUUUCAAGUAAUUCCCAUAAUGUUUAUCAUUUAUACUAUAUACGUUCAACCCUGGAGCACAAGACUGCAUGUGGUUGACACGGCAUCGUCAUAGAAAAGACAGACAAAUAUUAAUUUUCUUCGAGUGUUAACAAAAGCUGCCGUAGUUUACUAUUUUUUUUCUUUCUACAUCUCAUGUUCAUGUCGGCAUCGCCUCCGGGCGGAUCCAAGACACAUUUGAUGACAUUUCUAGGCUAUGCUCCAUUGUAGUUCUCGUUUUGCCAAAAUAUAACUUUAUAAAUUGACACUUGUCAAAGUCGAGAUCUGCCGAUGCAGACGUGGGAAAUGUAUGGAGUUAUACUUGUCAAUUUAACGAACUAUAUGCAAGAAGUUGGAGCACAACAAUUUCCCAGUCGUUUCCUUCUGAAAAGUGGCAGUCGAUGAACUUUAAAAGAGAUUUCCAGCCCGUAACCCUCGGCUAAUGAACUAUUUUGUAAAGCGAGCAGACUUUGCUGCUGACGUUAACGCAUUGUUCUUACAAAAUGAGAUACAUAGUUUGAAACCCUGUGAAGAUUUUUGACUGGCUGAACUAGCACUAUUUGUCUUUUACUAUAACCACGCCUGAAUUGUGACGGGCUUGAAUUUGAUUUGUAAAUACAGUGAGAAUAACUCAUAACUUAUUGACUGAAUACAAUGUGUGCAUUACAAAUAGAGAUUUGGAGGAAAUGAGGUGACACUGAAAUCCCCCAAAAAAAUGUUGAGAACGAGUUACUCUUUGGUUUUUAUUCAAUUUGACAUCAAAGUUGUAUUGUAUCUUGCUUGUGAUAAAGCACCACAAUAAACCAGUAUUACGAAUAAACCUAACUUCAAAUACUA